AACUAAGUCAACCAGCAAUAACUUGUGACGCAUCUAUUCAUGCACUUAAAAUUAAAACUCCUCAAAAGUCAGAGGAUGCACCAGUCACUGCAGAAACUGAAAGCCUAACAGAAACAGCUUAUUCUAUCCCAAAGCCUUGUAUGAAUAUCCAUUCCAGUGGCACCUUCUCUGGUGACCUUUCAGCUACAGAAAGAGCCUCUAAAGCUGAUAAUAGAGAACAGGCACAGUCAGCAAGGCAUGGUAGCCCUUCACAAAUUUCUUCAACAGCUAAAGAACUGUCAGAGGUGGAACAUAAUAAAGACCUUCCUCUUCUUUCCCCAGUUUACCAACCAGAAGUAGUGGCUGGUGUACACUUAAGGAAAAGCAGAUUAACCAAUGAGGAAAAUGUUCAAGCAGAGGAUAAUAAUUCCUCAGAGUCUCCAGUAAAACUCUCACGUUUGCCAGUGCCAAAACCAAGAGUAAAGAAACGUCUUAGUGAUUUUUUCCCAGACGACACUGAAAUCUCAGAUAGUUCAGCUGUCACUAACAAGGAAUCAAAGGAAGGCCCACCAUCACUGGAGUCAAGUACGAUAUCCGAAUUAGGUUUUGUCACAAUUCAUCAAGAAUAUGACAAUACAUUACAAUUGGAAAAGGAAGUUCUAGCAGCAAUGCAAGAAGAGUUUAGUCAGUCAGGUGGAGAUGAUACAGAGCACGCUUUCGGUGAGACCACUGAAGGCUGGACUUUUACAGACGAACACGUUUUUACAGAUCCCCGUGAGAAGGCUGUAGAGGCAGUAACUGAACAGUAUGUAAUGGAGACAGUCCAGGAAGCAAAGACUGAUAGGCACCUUGCAAGUACUGUUGCUUCUCAGGAUGACUGGCUGCAUCUAGACGAUAAUAAAGAUAGUGAACAAAUGGAAAUUGACCUAAAAAAGGAAAAGAGAGAUGAAGAGUUGGACUUUGGCUUUGUGUCUGUCACUGCAGGUUGUUCAGAGUUCAGGCAAAGGGAAACAAGAGAAGAAUUAUCAGGUCAGCCUCUACCGAUGCCUCGUAAUAAGAAGCGUUUGAGUUGUUCUUCCUUAGAUGACAGCAAGUCACAAGUUGUUGCCCUUAAGCAGGACAGGAAACCAACAACAUCUCCACCUCAGGAGAAUCCACCGGGAAGUCCGACCUUAGUUACGUCAAGUCAGUCCUUACUGGAAUGGUGUCAGGAGAUCACAAAGAAUCACAAGGGAGUGAAAAUUACCAACUUCAGCACUUCCUGGAGGAACGGCCUCGCGUUUUGUGCCAUCUUACACCACUUCCACCCAGAAAAGAUUAAUUUUGAAAUGUUGGAUCCAUAUGACAUCAAGCAAAACAACAAAAAGGCUUUUAAUGGCUUUGCUGAACUUGGAAUUUCAAGGUUGAUGGAGCCUUCAGACAUGGUCAUGCUUGCAGUGCCUGACCGCCUCAUUGUCAUGACCUACCUUAACCAGAUCCGCACAUAUUUCACUGGCCAGGAGCUCAGUGUGCUUCACAUAGACAAAGACACCAGUGAGUCCAGUUAUGCCGUAGCAGGGGACCGGGAGGCCCAAGACGACCCCGAGGCAACUGUUCGCUACUGCGCCCAGAGGCUCCAGGAGGAGGGUAUAAGUCUUGAGACUAAUGGGAGUGUAAGCACUGCAGAGAAGGACAGUAAAGCCAGCAGGGACGUGGUGCCGCCUCCCAGAACCAAACGCUCGCAGGUUGCUGGGGUGAGUGCCGCUCAGUCUCCAGUGGCGCCACCACGGACUCAUUUUCUGUUCAAGUCUAGCUUCUCUCGUGUCAGAGAUGCUGACCUGGUUAAGAAGCGCAGGUCACAGCGCAGGAGCGGGUCAGUCGAAGAAGGAGACAUAUCAGUGGCUGAAGCCCAAAGGAAGUCAGAAACCGAGAGAAUGGAUGCUGCGUUAAAGGACAGAAGACCAGAGGGCCAGGACCCGAGCGAGUACGUGCUGAAUCAAAUGGAAGCCUUGGAAGCAGAACAAAAUCACGUUGAUAACAGAGCAGAUGUGGUGGAGAGGAAACUCAGACAGUUGCUGGAAACAGGCAGUGACAAGGAGGAGGAGGAGAGGUUGAUUCAGGAAUGGUUCACAUUGGUUAACAAGAAAAAUGCUUUAAUCCGGAGGCAGGACCAUCUACAGCUACUGCUUGAAGAACAAGACUUGGAACGAAGAUUCGAGCUGUUAAACAAGGAGCUGAGGGACAUGAUGGCAAUUGACGAGUGGCAGAAGACUCAGGCCCACAAACACAGAGAGCAGCUGCUGCUUCAGGAGCUGGUGUCACUGGUGAACCAGAGGGAUGAACUGGUCCACAGUAUAGAUGCCAAGGAGAGAGGAGCCGUGGAGGAGGAUGAGCGUCUGGAGCGUGGCCUGGAGCAGCGCAGGAGGAAGUAUGCUAAACAACAGAAAGAGAAGUGUGUGAUGCAGUGACCACCGCAAACUUCCAAAUGUUGGGCCAAGGCAGUUUUCUCUCCUCUGUCACCUGCUAUCAGAAUGAAUGAUGUGGUUUUAGGUCAGCAGUAAGUGCACAUGCACACAGAAUCUGAGAAGAUUCAGAAUUUACAUUAAAGUUUGGCUUGAGUGGAGGUUUUGGUCUGCUUUCCAUUUUUAAUGUCUCAACAUUACCUGAUAUAUGCACUAGUUUAACCUCAUGAACUGUUUGUAUGCAAAGUGGGUUUGAGUGUGGAAAUGGUUGGAAAGCCUAGAAUAGCUGGUUUAGACUAGGGAUGAUCUAUAGAUCGUAGAAAGCUCCAGCAGCACAAAGCCAACAGCCUUGCAACAUUACAAAAAGCAUCCGUGUCUCCUGUGUGGGUCCGUUUUGUUUAAAGUUAUUGGUUUCAAGCUGAAUUCGGUGUAACGUGUGAUUUUCAACAGCAGAAAUGUAACUGAAACAUGAGUCGCCCUGUUGAAAUGUGAAUGAUGUCACUUGCCCUUUGCUCAGCGUGUCAAAUCAAAGUUUGUAUUUAAGUGUCUCAGAGGUUUUAUCUUGUGUUUUUGCAGUUCUCUGUUCAUCAUUCGUGUGUACUACAGCUUACAACUCGCCAAAAGCAGCGCCUUUUAUAAAGUUUUAUUAACACCUGUUACAUUUAAAAUAUUUGUAAAGACGGGAAAAUACUAAAAGCUUAAAUACAUACACAUUUGAUGCAAUUUUGAAUGUGUUUUAAACUGUGGGAAUAUAUUUGGAAUUCUUCCAUAGAAA